GCCAUCUGCAUGUCACUCCCAAACUUUUCCUCCCUGCGCUCGGGGAGUCAGGUUGACGCGCCCUGGAUGCGGGGCUUGAGGCGCGGGGCUGGGCGCGCUCCCGCGGAGCCGGAGCCGCAGAGGCUCCGGGGUUGGACUCGGGCUUCUCAGAGUAUGCUACCCACUACAGAGCACCUCCCAGAUUCAUACUGCUCCAGGGAUUUGCACGAACAGAACUCACCUGUGCAACCAGUGCUGAGGGUAAUCUGACAUUUUAAAGAUUUUGCUCCCCUUGAAGAGGAAACAUUUUAAAGGAGCACGGGAUGUAGAAAAAGAAAUCUUCACGGGCCUCUCCAAGGAUGGCAGGCCGACCCAUCCCUUGCUGAGAUCAUGAUCUCUUCUAAUCUCCUGGGUCUCUCCAUGUUCUCCAGCGAGAAUUCUUCCAUUUCAUUUUGUGCCAUGGGAAAAACCUGAAGGACAGGCAGAAUUGCUCCCACACAUGUGGGCUUUUUUCCCCUAAGAUUGCAGUAGCUCUUACAGAACAUGACAGUUGGAGAUCACUUCUUUUUGCUGUCUUUUGGAGUUGAACCAAAGAAGGCCCUUCCUCAUUCUCCAGGGCUUUGGUGCCUGCUCAUUUUUAUAUUCUAUUUGUUUCCAUUGCUUGUGCCUUAAAACCAUCUUAUCUAAUCGAAAGACAUCCUUAAAUAAGUUUUUCCAGCACAACUUGCAUGCAUCCGGGCUCCUCAGGGCCUCGCCCAUGGCUCUGUGGGCCAGCCGUCCAAGGGCAUUACCAUGAGGCACUGCAUUAAUUGCUGCAUACAGUUGUUGCCCAACAACGAGCACAAACAGCAGGUUGGCUGCGGAGGAGGCCCCCUUCACGGUCACCCGGAGUGCCCUGCGUGCAAAGGAGAGAACAAAAUUGUGCUCCGGGUGGACGGUAAACAGAUGAACUUGCUUGCUGUUCUCGAGGUAAGGGCCGAGGGGAAUGAGAGCUGGGGCAGGUUUCUGCGCUUCAAGAAGGGGAAGCGAUGUAGCCUCGUGUUUGGAUUGAUGAUCAUGACCUUGGUGAUGGCAUCGUACAUCCUUUCUGGGGCCCACCAAGAGCUUCUGAUCUCCUCGCCUUUCCAUUAUGGAGCUUUCCCCAGCAAUCCCAGCUUGAUGGACGGAGAAAACCCUAGUGACAUGAAAGAGCAUCAUCACCAACCCUCUGUAAAUAAUAUUUCAUACGUGAAAGACUACCCAAGCAUUAAAUUAAUUAUCAACAGCAUCACAGCCAGGAUAGAAUUCACGACCAGGCAGCUCCCAGACAUAGAAGAUCUCAAGAAGCAGGAAUUGCACAUGUUUUCAGUAAUCCCCAAUAAAUUUCUUCCAAAUAGCAAGAGCCCCUGUUGGUACGAGGAGUUCACGGGCAGGAACACCACCGACCCGUACCUGACCAACUCCUACGUGCUCUACUCCAAGCGCUUCCGCUCCACCUUUGACGCCCUGCGCAAGGCCUUCUGGGGCCACCUGUCCCACGCCAGCGGGAAGCACUUCCGCCUCCGCUGCCUGCCGCGCUUCUACAUCAUCGGGCAGCCUAAGUGCGGCACCACCGACCUCUACGACCGCCUGCGGCUGCACCCGGAAAUCAAGUUCUCCGCCAUCAAGGAGCCCCACUGGUGGACACGGAAGCGCUUUGGGAUUGUCCGCCUGAGAGAUGGGCUUCGGGACCGCUACCCCGUGGAAGAUUACCUGGACCUCUUUGACCUGGCCGCACACCAGAUUCAUCAAGGCCUGCAGGCUGGCUCUGCAAAGGAGCAGAGCAGGAUGACUAGAAUCAUUAUUGGGGAGGCCAGCGCCUCCACCAUGUGGGACAAUAAUGCCUGGACCUUCUUCUAUGACAACAGCACAGAUGGAGAGCCGCCCUUUCUGACCCAGGACUUCAUCCACGCCUUUCAGCCAGACGCAAAACUGAUCGUCAUGCUCAGGGACCCUGUGGAGAGAGCCCGGCUCUCCGAGACGUCUGAUGCACGGAGCAGUAGCUGGAGAGAAGGCAUUGCUCACGCCCUCUGGACAGAGCUGAUGCAGUCGAACCGUCCGUGUGCCCUGUGGGCGUGGGAUCUCCGUGACUUCUCCCGUGAGCCUCCCUGCGAACUGACAGGUUAAAACGGACAGCGACUUUCUGGGGUGAUGAAAAUCUUCUGGAAUUGGCUGGUCCACUGAAUUUGUGCGUCUGCUAAAAACUACUGAAUUGUUGGUAUGUGGAUUACAUCCCAAUUUUAAAAUGGUAUGAACACAACCAUGACAAAAGGAGGAGAAACCAGCUUCCCUAACUAGUGACGUUUGAGCUAGAACCUGCCUGGGUCUCCUCAUUGCGGGAAGGCCGACCGACAAGCACAUCAUCAUUUAAGUGCUAAAAUCGUUGAAACAGCCAGUGACUAUCAGCUUAUGCAGGUGCCCAAAGGUCACUCUGGGAGCUCUGAAAUUCUAAUAAGUACCUGAAUCCUGUUUGUUGUUGCUAUCAUUUUCUGGAUGCCCAAUGCGGUGCUCUGUAACCACAUCGGCUUUUCCUGAUCGUGGCAGUGAGGCCCGUCAUGUUUAUCCUGAGCGUUUGUUUGCUGUUCUGUUACGCGUCGUGAUUGCUUUCUGUCUCCUGUAACUUAUUAACUAGUUUUCUAACAGCCUUCCAAAUCACCGUGCACCUCAAACAAUCAGAACAUCAAAACAAAACCCCAAACCCAUCGGCUCAGAUGGCUAACACCCUGCUCUCGUCAGCUGUUGAUUUGGCUCAGUCCCUAAACUCGGAGGCCAGGGGCCGAGGCCUGUUGGGUCACAGGGCUUUGGGCUCAGGCAGACCUGGGUUGGUUUGGGCCCCAGCCGCAAAGUCUCCCGGGCUGUAUAACCUUGGGAAGCUCCCUAAUCUCUCCAGAAGCCAGUCUUCUCCUCUUAAGACAGGGCGACGACACUCAGCCUGUGUCUCGGGUUGCGGGGCAGGUUGUGAACACAGAACGAGGACAUGCGUGCAGUACCCAGCACAGGGCCUGGUGAGGGGCAGCCCAUCAGGGAUGGAAGCCGUGAGGACCGAGGCAGCUGAAGCCCACAGCACUUGCACGAGCCUGGCCUGC